CCCGCAAGUGCAGAAAGAAGAAGAGAGCAAUGCAGAGUAAUUCGCCACUUCUGUUUUCUUCGUCUCUCUGAGGAGAUUCACUUUUACUUCGCGGACAGAGUUGUUUGCUGGUGUUCAACAGGGGAAAUACCGAAAGAGUGGAUGCAAAGAAUGUGAGGCAUUAUCUGUUAAGAUGGCGUCUUUUAACCAUUCCACCUCCAUUCUGCCUUCCUGCACCUACAAGGAGGACUUCAAGCGCUUCCUCCUCCCAUCCGUCUACAGCCUGGUCUUCAUCUUCGGACUGCCACUCAACUUCAUCAUCAUCCUGCGGAUCUGGGGCUCCCGGCGCACUCUGACACGGACCAAAAUCUACAUGCUGAAUCUAGCGGUGGCAGACUUCCUGUACGUCUGUUCCCUUCCGCUUCUCAUAUACAACUACGCCAGCAAAGACUACUGGCCCUUCGGCGACUUCACCUGCCGCUUGGUUCGCUUCCAGUUCUACAGCAACCUGCACGGAAGCAUCUUCUUCCUCACCUGCAUCAGCUUCCAGCGCUACAUGGGCAUCUGCCAUCCGCUGACGGUGUGGCCCAGACAAGGCGGACGCAGGCUGGCGUGGUUGGUCUGCGCUGGCGUUUGGGUGGCCGUCGCCGUUCUCUGCGCUCCAACGUUCGAGUUCGCCGCUACCGGCAUCCAACGCAACCGCACAGUGUGCUACGACCUCAGCGUUCCAGAGCGCUCCACAGCGUACUUCCCGUACGGCAUCACUUUGACCUGUCUGGGCUUCGUCGUGCCCUUUCUAGUGAUCGUGGUGCUGUACUGCAAAAUGGCACGGCUUCUCUGGCAGGCCGGUGAAGCCCGAGAAGCUGUGGCCAUAGAGAGGAAGAACAAAGCCGUGAGGAUGAUCAUCAUUGUGAUGCUGGUGUUUGCCAUCAGCUUCUUGCCGUUCCACGUGACAAAGACGCUCUACCUGCUGGUGAGGACCUUUCCCACGGCCCCCUGCGAACUGAGGAACCUGCUGUCUGUGGUCUACAAAAGCACCAGACCCUUCGCCAGCAUGAACAGCGUUCUGGACCCCAUUCUGUUCUACUUCACCCAGCCGCAGUACAGACGCAGCACCAGGAGUCUGCUGCUCAAGAUCACCUCGCUCAAAGACAAGGUUGACAAAAUCUGACUGAAUCGAAAAUUACUGUGUCUUAAAGCAAGACACUACAGUCAUAGCCAUUGUUUUUCAUCUAUUGGACAUAUUUGAGUUUUUUUUUAGGCUGAAGUUUACAAAUUAGUACUGUUUGAAAGGGUGCCACCCUUGUGGCAGUUUUGUACCUAUAGUUUAUUUCUGAGUGUAGUGGAAAAAACAUCCAAAAUAGACAUUUAAAGGUGCAGUACGCAGUUUCUGAGAAACGCUGUUGAUAUUUGAAAUCGCCAAAAGAAAACAGACACGCCCCUAACCAAAAGAAUCACACCCCUGUUUUGAUAGCUCCGCCCCCAAUUAAUUAACAUGCUUUGCAACACUGGCACCUCCCCCAUCAUUAGUGGACACGCCCCUUGCUGCUGAUUGGCUACAAGUGUGUUCUGGUGUUCUGUCCGAUCCACUUUCAACAGCCUUUCUCAGAAAUCGCUUACUGCAAAUUCAAGAGUUUAUUUUGACACUAUCCGAGUCUAUAGAUUUCAAUUACAGUACAUAUCUCUAAAAGCUCAUUUCUCAAAAUGAUUUUUGUAUUUUUCAUACACUAAUCCAAAAAUCUCCACUUCAGCAGCACGGUUUUUAGAAGGGUUUGUUCAAAGGUUAUUAUAGUUAGCUACAACUGAAACCGCUAAAAAAAACAAGAACAUUUUUAAUACUUGAAAUAAAACAAACAAUAACUGAAAUGAAGUAAAUUAAAUUUAAUUUAAUUAAAAAUGUGAAUUUUUAUUUCAGCAGGUUGUCAAGGCAACAUUUCUCAUUUUUGUUUAAUUAGUGUGAAGUAUUAAAAUAUCUAAAACUAAAUAAUAUGUUAAAAAAAUAAUUAAAACUUUAUAGACAUUUUAAAAAUACCAAUAAAAAGACAACAAAAUUGCUAAAACUGUUACUACAAUAAAGUGAAGAUAUGAUAUUUUAUUUUCUGAAAACAUGACAGUAUUUUGUUUUUGGUGGAGGGAUAAAAAGAAAUUUCCAAAAUCCCCUUCCUAAAAACCUUUUACUCUAUGCCAACAAAAUGAAUUUUUAAAGAAAUUUUAAGAAUUAAAAAAAACAAAAAAACAUUAAGAAUUUUAAGCCUGACCUUAUCCAGUGUUCAGAUUUCUGCUUUGGGAAUAUAUUUCAAAUUAGUGCAUUUUUAAUUAGAUAAUGCUUCAUAUGCGUAUCAUAACAUAUAAUACAACAUGUCUUGAUGUAACUGUGAUUAGUUAACUAGAAAAGUAUGGUGAUAUCUGUUAGUUUAACCCCGUUAACCUGUGGUGUCUUGCGUUAAGAUACACUUAGUAGGCUGUGUGGAUGUUGAAACCAAAAAAAGUCAAUAUUUAAAUAUAAAACGUCCAAUGCAUCAAGUAUACCUGUACUGUGAAGGUUGAAGGAAGUCAUUCUAAUAGACUGAUUCAGUGUUACAAAAAAUCAAUUAUGAUGAUUGGAACUAUCAUACAUUUGCUUUGAGAGAACAGCCCACAGUAGAGCUGUGUGUCUCGCAUCUGAGGGUCCGAACCCUGUGAAUGGCAGCUGAACGAGUGCACUAGUUUGGCUGAGUGUCAAGAUCAGCUGAUCUCUCCUAACCGGGAAAAAGGUGGUGCACUUAUGAACAUUUUAUGAGGGCAAUAGGAUGUAAAUGUUUAUAUAAGAAUUACAGAGCUGAGAAAACAGAAAUGUCUUGCCAGUUUCAUAUUUUUGAUCCAAGUGGAUUUUGGGUGCAAAUUUAAAAAAAAGAAUUGUUAACUUUUGAUAAUUAAGUUGCAUAGGUUUUGCAGAUAUAAAAACAUGUUUGUUUAAAAACACUAGGAAAAGAAAUCGCACAUUCAUUAUUAAAAUUAUUUUGAUAAAAAAAAACAAAAAAAAAACUAUACCAUAUCUAGAUUAAGAUAUAUAGUAUAUACUGUAUAUAGUGUGGGGUCAGUACGAUAUUUUUAAAGAAAUCAAUACUUGUUUAGCAUGGAUGCUUUAAAUUCAUCAAAAGUGACAGUAAAGAUGUUUGUAAUUUUAUAAAAUCAAAUAUGAAUUUCAAAUAUAUGCUGUUGUUUUGAACAUUGGAUUCAUCAAAGAAUCCUGAAAAAAAUUUAUCGGUUUCCACAAAUAUAUGGAAGCAACACAACAUUUUCAACAUUGAUAAUAAUCAGAAAUGUUUCUUGAGAAAUGUUUUAAAAUUCAGCCUUGUAUCACAGGAAUAAAUUACAUUUUUAAAUAUAUUCAAAUAGAAAACAGUUAUUUGAAAUUGUAAUAUUUUUUCACAAUAUUACUGUUUUUGCUAUUUUGAGCGAAUAAAUGCAGCCUUGGUGAGCGGAAGAGACUUCUUUUUAAAAAAAAACAGCUUAGCAACCCCAAACGUUUGAACGGUAAUGUAUAUGCGUGAUAUUUAGGAUAAAUUGGUGCAUUGAGACAGACAGUGAUGUGUGGAAUUAUGGAUGAGAGAGAGAUGAAUGAAAGCAUUUGGAACGGAAAGAAUAACACCAUCUGUUUAACAUACGGCAUCUGCUGCACAUUAUCUGAAGGUCAUUAUCAGAUGUUUGAUGGUUUAAUAACACUUUGUACAGCUCAACAUGCUUAUGAUGUAACAUCUUGUCCUACAAGAGAGGGAUCUUGUGUUAACAACACAGAGCUCACGUACAAAGACAUAUUUGUACUGCCUGUGCUGACAUUGUGUUUUCUUGAAGCAGUUUAAUCGCAGCUGUAGAUAUCAUAUGGGUUAUACGCUUUUAUUUGAAGUUUCAUCAUGACCAAAAACUACAAACAGAAAUGGCUGGAAGGCUGGGUUGACAGUAUGGUAAAACAAAUUAUGUUGCAUUGUUGUGAGUGUGAAUGUGUUUUAGUCAUUUGGCCAGUAUUAUCUUUGUGAGUUUUUAAAUAUGAAUGAAUUUUGCCUUAUUAUAUCUGAUUGGAGAAGAGCCUUUUUCUUCAAUCUGCAUGAACAUGAAGCACUCUAAGUUCGGAGUGAAAUAUAACUACUAUAUACUGCACUGAAAAUUCUGUAUGCUACACCUUGUUUUUAAUUUAAAUUGUGAAACUGUAUGCAUUAUGCAGUGAUAAUCACGUCAAACAGAUACAUUGUUAUUAUGCAACCUUUAAACUAAUUCAGCAAGUGUCAUUCAGUUAUCAUUAAAUAAACUCUUUCUUUUUUUUUAAAUGCUAUUUUGCAUUUUGAAAUCCAGUUUUGUGCCUGUCUAAUUAAAUAAUGGCUUUAUUUUGGCAAAUAUAGUAGAUCAUUUAGGUAUUCCAUACCUACAAACAAUCUUUAUACAGUAUAGAAAUGGUUGUAGUACUGUGCUAUUUUAAACAUACUGUACAUACUGCUAACUUAUAAUGUUAACUUGUGAGCAACUUUAACCAAGCAAACAUUACUGUGGUUGACUCUGUGAACUGCCAGUAGGUGGCGCACUUGACCAAUAAGAUUUGUAGUUAAAGCAGACGUGAUUUUUGCACAUUAAACUGACCAUUUGCCUCCUGCUUCAGCACUAAUGGUUAAACAUUAUUCGAGCAUUUACAAAAAGAGAGUUUCAAAUAGUUAAAUAGUAUAUGACAUGCAACUUGUGGGCAAAAUUCAUCAUUGUAUACUUAUACAAUUUACUAGCAAAGUCAUUUCAUCUGUGUCUGUUGUAGUAUGUGCAUACAAGAUCUUUUUUUUCAAAUAAGAAUACUAGCUAUUGAAUGCUUUGCACUGUGCAAAGAAAUUUUUUGUCAGUGAAUGUUUGCUUUUGUUUAUACAUAAUCAAGUAAUCUGUAGAUUCUGUACACUGUAAAAAGUGAUAAGUUUACUUAACUUAAAAAAAUUGAGGAAACCCGUUGCCUUAAAAUUAAUAAGUAAAUAAUAUAUUUUUUUUAAAGUUAAGCGAACUUGACAAUUCACUUAACUUAUUUUUUUAAUUAUCAUUUACUUAUAAAUUUUAAGGCAACGGGUUUCCUAAAAAUUUUUAAGUUAAGUCAACUUAUCACUUUUUACAGUGUAGUUCAGAAUCAAAAUCAGAAUUAGCUUUAUUUGCCAGGUGUGCGCAAACACACGAGGAAUUUGUUGUGUGUGUGUUUUUUUAAGGUGCUCCUGGUACAUACAUACAUACAUAAACAAGUAUAAUAUUAAAUGAAGCUAUUCAAAUCUAUAUCCUCAAUGAGGUCUUUGUGAAUGUUUUUUGUUUUGCUUUUAAAUGUGAAAUGUUGAUUUGUCUAUAGUUGAAUUGUGUUCUUAUCCUGGUUUGUUGUUGGUCCAAUAAAGACAAAUC